CGUAUCCCACUUACUUUGUGGGUCAGGUGGGGGAGGAUGCUCAUGGGAAAUUGAUUACGGCGGCGCUUGAGGACGGUGGCGUCCGGCUCGAUCAUCUGGCUACGGUGAUGGCGGCGCCGACGGGGCACGCCGUGGUGAUGCUUCAGUCUGGUGGGCAGAAUUCUAUCAUCAUUGUUGGCGGCGCUAACAUGAAUUGUUGGCCUGAGAGGUUAUCUGAUGAAGAUUUGGAGGUUAUAAGAACUGCUGGGAUUGUUCUGCUUCAGAGGGAGAUUCCAGAUUCAGUCAAUAUCCAAGUUGCAAAGCUGCAGGCCGCCAGGAGUGCUGGGGUUCCUGUAAUUUUAGAUGCAGGAGGAGUCGACGCUCCCAUCCCACAGGAACUGCUUGACCAUGUCGAUAUUUUCAGUCCAAAUGAAAGUGAGCUAAGUCGUUUAACGGGAUGCCCAACGGAAAGCUUUGAACAGAUUAAACAAGCUGUGGAAAAAUGCUAUCAAAUGGGUGUCAAGCAAGUUCUCGUGAAACUUGGGGCCAAAGGUUCUGCUUUGUUUUCUCAAGGGGAAGAACCAAUCAAACAGCCCAUUAUAUCAGCCGCGAAAGUAAUCGAUACUACCGGAGCCGGUGAUACUUUCACCGCGUCAUUUGCCGUGGCGCUCGUCGAAGGCAAGUCAAAGAAGGAAUGCCUGAAAUUUGCCGCUGCUGCAGCCUCACUCUGUGUUCAAGUAAAGGGAGCCAUUCCCAGCAUGCCUGAUAGGAAAUCAGUGUUGAAUCUCCUCCAGUCUGUUUGAGACUAUUUUUUUACGGCCAAGUAAUUUUCUCCAUGUGUAUAAUAAAUAAUUUAAACUUUUUGAGUUAUAUAAGAACAUAUCCUUGGACUUACAAAUAUGCCCUUCAGCUUUUCUUUUACUUUUUUUUUUCUCCCUUCCCUUUUUUUUCUGUGAGGGGUUGCUUUGGCACAUCCACCCAUUGUAAGAACUAUAGAAUAAGAAAAUGAAAAUUUUAAAAUCAAGUCUAUAUUUGAUGGGUGAGUUUGUU